AUGAUCAUCCAUGAGUGCAUAAGCGAAGGGAAACUCAUUGUGCUUCCAAUAUUCUACAAAGUGAACAUUGAAGAAGUUAGCAAUUUGGAAGGAAGAUUCGGGAAAUGUUUCAAUGAAACGGUGAGGAAACAAGGGAGACAAAAUUAUCCGUUAGCCGAUCACGUCGUGGGAUGUCUAAGGUCUGUUGCUAGAAGGCCCGGCUUCACCUCACGGUACCAUAGAAAUGAUAGUGAUCUUAUGGAGGCGAUUAUUCAGGGGAUUAAGAAAAAGCUACCUUAUCUAUCAGCAAAACAAAAAAUUGGAGAAGAAGUUUAA